UGACGUAACAAGUGAUAAGUGCUGCACUCUCGUGGCGAAAUACGCAUUGCAGAAUAUUGAGCAUUAUUAGACAGUUAAUGCAAUUAGUUGAGAAUUUUGGAACAUGGGAGAACGUUAUAAUAUUCACAGUCAGUUAGAGCAUCUGCAGUCAAAAUACAUUGGUACAGGUCAUGCUGAUACAACCAAAUUCGAAUGGCUUGUAAAUCAGCAUCGUGAUUCAUGCAGUUCCUACAUGGGACAUUAUGAUCUAUUGAAUUUCUUUGCUAUCGCCGAAAACGAAGCAAAAGCACGUGUUCGAUUUAAUCUUAUGGAGAAAAUGCUACAACCUUGUGGCCCGCCACCAGAGAAGCCAGAAGAUUAACUACAAGGAAAACGUGUAAUUUAUGCGUAUCAUUGCGUGACCGACAAUUUUGUAUUAUUUUUGCAUAAGUUGCAGAUCUUUUUCAUAAUCGUGGUACAAAAAUAAAAGUUGCCACUGUCAUAUCUUAGAAUCAUAUCUGUAAAUAUGAAUGAUUAAAUAAGUAAAUAAAAGUGUGUUUAGAAACAA